UAUUAUAGCAGCGCGGUGACACCGCCAGCAGCACAUGUGUUUUCGAGAUUUCAAGUAAAUUUAGUGCUUUUUGCUAGCGUGUUGAGUGUUUUUCAGUUUAUAUCCAUCGGAAAUAGGUACCAUGCCUGCCGUCGCCAAAUCCUCAAGGAAGCCGAAGGCUAAAUCACCCAAGAAACCACUGCUUUUAUCGGCUCAGGGUGCCCAUAAAGCCGCAAAAAAGCCGGAAGAACGGAACGAGAAAGGUAUCAUUUAUAUAAAACACCUUCCGCAUGGGUUUUUCGAGAACCAACUGCGGACGUUCUUCGCCCAGUUUGGCGAUGUCACGCGUGUCCAUGUUGCGCGUUCGAAGAAAACACUACGAAGCCGAGGCUAUGCCUAUGUUGAGUUCCGUUAUCGGGAGGUCGCCCAGAUAGCCGCCGAAACGAUGAACAACUAUCUAAUGUUUGGGAAGAUUCUGAAAACCGGCAUCUUACCAGCCGGAGCAAAGCGUAUUCCUCGCAAGUAUGAGAAAGCCUUCGACAAGAAUGGUAAUGAAACUACGACGUACAAAAUAUGGUUAAAGCGGAUGGUCGCGAGAAGUAAUGGACGAGUGACCAAAACAAAGAUUGUCAAUCGUAACAAUAAAGCUUUGGCAAAGCUGAAGAAGUUGGAGAAAAAGUAUACAGAAAUGGGAGUCGACUACGAUGUCACUGCUGUGAGGCCUGCUUUCGCUGAAAGCGAUAUUACGAAACCCGAGCAUGAUCCUGAAGAAGAACGCUCUAAAACCAAAAAGAAAAAGUCCACCGAACAGAAAAAAGCCGAUUCUCUGGAAACGUUUCUUAAAAACGUCAAACCCCAGGAGUCCGAGCAGGACUCCUCCGAUGAGGAUCAGGAUGCCUGUUUCGUGGCGUUGGAAAGAGACGACUGGGAUGCGCCCGAAUCGAGCGACGAUGACGAUGAAGAUGAGAAGCCACCCAAUAAAAGUCGAAACAAGGCAGCAGCCCUCAAGCGAGCAACGAAAACCAAACACACUCUGAUCAAGGAAAAGAAGAAUACCCUGCAGAAGCUUUCCAAAUCAGCACCCGAACCUGUUGUAACAAAGGAGAAAAAGAGUACCAAAAAAUCUUCAAAAACAGCACACCCUAAGGUCGCCCAAGAAAAAGUGGUUCCGAAAAAAGACAAACCCAGCACAGGUCGAGUGACAAAGCCGUCGAAGGUCAAACCGAAAAAGCAACCGUCUAAGGAACAAGCCAACAGUCCUCUGAAGAAAGUAGCGACAGCUCUGCUGCAAGAUCCAAGCGUGAAAAAAGUUAAAGCGAAGGAUGUUAAGAAAAAACCGAAAGUGAAAUAAUUCAGAUAAAUAUAUUUUUAUUACAAUA